AUGUCGCACUUCAUCACGUGCUGGUGUCUUUUUGGCAUUGGAGCACCCCUUGCAACUGCAGAGGUUGCUUUAAGAUUUGCUCAUGACUCCACGAGUGCAGAUCUUGAACUUGGUUCGAAGAAGACAGGCUGCAUGAUCACCACAGAGAGCUUUAAAUUGACCUGCCAAGCUCCUGGCGACACCGCUUCUUCGCCGGGGGACAUACCAAACGUGAUGAAGUUCAUGAUUGAUUGCAAGGACAUGGACAUGGACGCUGCCUUUGAGGAAAUCGCUGUGUAUAGCGCCCCCGUGUGUGCCAAAGUCGGAUCCUUGACUUAUCAUGGGGAGGGUGUUGAUGCCAACACUUGCACUCAAACUGUGAAGAACCAGUAUGACUGGCAGAUGGAGGUGGUGGCUUCCAGUGAGAAUCGGCACCAAGUGCAUUGGAAAAGCCGUAAGAGUGAACUUGGACCGUCCAAGUAUCGCUCCAGUGUGCUGGUCAGCGACGAAAGGCUGAGGGAGUUGAGCGAUCGUCCAAGGCAAACGGAUGCUUUGAUGGUCUAUGAAAUGGCACGCUUUGAGCCCAAACUCCAGAGCGCUUAUUGCGAGAGCCUCCCCCAGAGAGACCUCCGACUUGACAUGUAUCUCUGGAAAGUGGAACCACCCAGCCCCAAGCGUCGAAGUUAUUUGCAAGACUUGGAAGAAGCUGUGAACUACAUGGAAAUCCAGGUCAACGUAGACGAGCUUCCCAAUGAGACCAAGACCAUUGAGGCCACUGUGCAAUACUCACUGCCUCUCUUUGUCCCAAUGAAAUUCUUUGAGCAGAAGUACAUGACCAAGAUCUUGCAUCUUCCUGUGGAUAUGAGUUCCCACAUUCGUCUGGAACAGUGGCGGACAGGCACCUCGUCCUCCAGGCACAACCUGCUGGAUUGCUUGGUCCUCUCGGGCGUCCGGCUGAAGGUGAUUCAAGAUGAGCAAGCCUUGACGUCCACCCUCAGCUGCCCCCUUUGUGCAGCUCCGGCGGAGACGACGGCCACGCACCGGGUGGAGGCGUUACAGGCAGUGGCGGCCACCAAGGCAGGUCGCCGGAGCGUCGAGUUGAGCAUGAGUCUCGAGUUGUCACGAUCUCAAGCGUCGGUCUCGGCCAGCUGCUGGACACCGAACCUCACCACCCGGCCCGACUGGCGUUGGGGCACACGCGCCGCGACUCGUGCCGCCGCGACUCCACGGAGAUGCGAAGAAAAGGAGCCGGCUCCUUUUGCUCCGGCACCUGAGGAGCAGCUGCUGCUCCAACUCCGAGUGCUGGCAGCCAAAGGUAUCGCCCAGUACAUGACUGAGCGCCCCUGUCAAAACGUGGUGGUUCUCUGCGGCGCUGGGAUGUCAACCUCCGCUGGGCAUCUCGCCGAAGACGGGUCUGGCAGACGGAGGAUUCCCGACUUCCGAACUCCGGGCAGUGGUUUGUACGACAACCUGCAGCGGUUUAACCUCUCUCAGCCGGAAGACAUUUUCGACCUCGAGUUCUUCAAGCAAGAGCCAGGUCCCUUCUACGAGCUUUGCAAAGAGCUUUGGCCUGGGACGUACCAACCUACCUUGGCGCAUCACUUCAUCCGCUUGCACUUCAGCAGAGGCGUGCUGCGCAGGUGCUACACGCAGCGACCGGGCAGCGAUCGCGCGGCGACGAUGUUGAGAACAUGGGACACAUGGGAUUUUGCAGAUGAUGUAGAGGGCUAUCCCUAUGCAACGAAUGACUUGCCGGUGCAACUGGCUGCGCUUCCUGAGGAUUCCUUAGAGCGACAAGCUGGCGUGAGCCCAGAGAAGAUCGUGGCCGCGCAUGGCAACAUGGACGAAGCUCACGUCCUGGGCACCCAAAGAGUCGUGGACAUCGAAGAAUUCAGGCACGCCGUGUUCAAGGGCGACGACGCGUGCCGCAAGCUUGCAGAGAUCCAUGGCGGAUGGGUGACGCUUGGCAGCCAGGGACUGAACGGACCAGGGGUGAUGAACGGGUUCAGGAAGCCUCGCGUGGUGCUCUUUGGGGAAGACCUGCCGGACCGCUUCUGGAGCCUGCAGGACGAGGGCGGCGGAACAAACUCGUUCGCCCGAACGAGCUUCCAGGACAUGCUGAUCGUGAUUGGUACAUCACUGGUGGUGGAGCCCUUCGCCAGCUUGGUGGGCAAAGUCUCUCCAAGCGCCCCAAGGCUCCUCAUCAACAGGGAGCCCUCGGGCACAUGCGACCGGCUGCAUUUCGGCUUCCGCUUCCUGCUGUCAAACACCUCGAACUGGCGCGACGUAUGGUUCGAAGGAGGCUGCGACGAGGGCUGCCAGGCACUGUGCGACGCCCUCUCGUGGGAGCUCAGAUCUCAGGAAGAGUGA